AUGAAUAGCGGUAGACAAGCGUUUUGGCUCAAGUCCAGAGGGGCCUAUCAUGUGCGUGUGAUAUGCCAGCACACGACGAGUGGCGCUAUAGGGGAUGAGGGGCUAGACGGCAAGCAGCAGCAGAGGGCAGAGCCCAUCCGCGCUUCAAAAUACCACGUCAGUGCACUGCACUGCAUGCCUUCUAACUUUUCGUUUUCUUCCUCAUUUCAGAAUUCGUGUGAGGAUUCUCAACAGCACUUGCAGCUCCCCCUCCUCGCACCACCGCACUCCCCUCAGCCCAAUCCAUCCGCCUCUCCUCCUGAGCCCUCGGCGCCCAUCGUCAUAAGGCUAGCGCCAGCAGCGCCCUACAGGCUCUCUCCACUCCGCAGGCCAGCUUUGUGCCGGGCUCAGCAGGCAGGUGGCAACCAGAACGCAGCAGCGGCGGGCGCACCCUGUGAGCGCGGCGGCAGCAGCGUGGGGGGCCAGAGGAACGGGGCAGAGGAGGAGGAGAAGUCCGUGGAGGCGGAGCGGUGCGGAGUGGUGGAGGUGGGGAGGCGGGGCAGGUGGAGCAGUGGUGUGGUGGAGGUUGCCAGUGAGCGCGUGGGGGCGGCUGGACUGGCGCUGCUGCUGGCAUGCAGGGGCGCACGGCUGGCGGGCGAAGAGGGGUCAGGGGGGACGGAGGUGGCGCGCAGAGUGGCGCAGUUUUGCCCCACAGUGGGCGCUGGUGGUGGACUGGUCUGCCGUGCCCGCACUCACCGCCCUUGCUGCUCGCACCCGUGUGGGCUUGACACUGUUGAUGCGCAUUGCGCCCGUCUGCCGCCACCACGUCUGGCCCUGCUGCAGCCGACAGUGCCGGGGGAGAAGGGUGAGCGGGGGGCGGGAGGUGGAGACGGAGGCGGGCAGGGAGCGGGCGUUUCUACCGGGAGAAGGGAGAGCGAGGCAGUUGCCAUGGCGGAUGUCGUCACGGCCCUCAGCACCCGAGCCCUGGGCACGGGGCGCAAGGCAGGGGUGAGCCAACACGCGCUGCUGCCGCCCCUCCGAGAAGACAUCCGCGUGCUGGCAGCUGGGCGAGGAGACUUGUGUCCAUCCCCCCAGCUUGUGUCCAACCCCCCCCAGCUGCGUCCCAUCUCCUUUCCUGCGACAGACCCUGACGGUCUUUCCCAGCUUCCGAGCCCCCUGUCACUCCACCUGCUCCCUCAAUCCCCUCCUCCAACCGCAGUGAUGCGCGGCCUCAUGGCCAUCGGAGCGACUUGUACCUGGUGUGCUGUAGUGCGCCUCUCCCCCGCGAAGAACGCCGCCUUGCUGCCCUCCCCUGCUGCGCCUGCUGGCGCCGCACCUGGCAGCUCUGGCGUCACGCCCCUGCUGUGCGGAGCGGCACUGCCGCCACACGCGGUGCCUUCGGUGGAGGCCGUGCUGCACGAUGUGGUGGGGCUGGCUGCACCGGGGGCCGUGGUGGUGGAUGGCUUCAUGGGGCCUGAAAGGAUGCGCAGCUUUCACUUGCAGCCUGGCAGUGGUGCUGCAGUCGAUGCCUACUUCCCUCUUCUCACACACACACCACCUGCACGAUCCCACCACAGUAUACCUCAUUCUGUGUCACUGGUAACGCUGCUCAACAUCCACCCCUGUCUGUACGACGCAUACGGCAUGACAGUCGUUGAGGCGGCAGCCUUCUCUGCACCCUCCGUCAUCCACGUCGGCCCGGGCGGCGCCGUGGGAGCAGCCGAGCUCCUGUCGCCCGAAGAGCAGCUGGCACUGCCGGUGGACCUCUCUGCCGCCCUGCCAGUUGUUGCUGAGAGCAUUCUGGCGCUGUUGCGGGACAGGCAGCAUCUGGCGCAGGUGGGGCUGGCGGCGAGACGGCGUAGUUUGGAGUGGAGUGAGGAGGCCAGUGCGCGUGCCCUCACUGCCAUGCUGCAGAGGGCGUCGGUCUAG